CAUACUUGUUACACCAUAAAAACAUGAUUUUCAUACGUCUCUCAAAGAGAAACUUUAGUGCAGUUCAGGUUUGUACACGUCUCUCUAUCUGUGUGAUUGUGAAAAAUGGCAGAAGCCAGUAUUUUAUGGGCUCAGGAUCAGUUUACUUGCCCAAUCUGUCUGGAUCUACUAAAUAAUCCAGUGACCAUUAACUGUGGACACAGUUUCUGUAUGGACUGUAUUACAGACUACUGGGAUCAGGAUGAUCAGAAGCGAAUCUACAGCUGCCCUCAAUGCAGACAAACCUUCACACCAAGACCUGUUUUAGGUAAGAAUGUGGUGUUUGCUGAAAUGGUGGAGAAACUGAAGAAGACAAAACUUCAAUCUGCUCCUGACUCUGCUCAUUGUUACGCUGGACCUGGAGAUGUGGAGUGUGACAUCUGUACUGAGAGAAAACUAAAAGCAGUCAAGUCCUGUCUAGUGUGUCUGAACUCUUACUGUCAAAAUCACCUCAACCAGCAUGAGAAUUUCUUUAAAGAUAAAAACCACAACGUGAUCGAUGCCACUGGACGACUACAAGAAAUGAUCUGCAAAAAACACAACAAACAACUAGAAAUCUACUGCCGUACUGAUCAACAAUGUAUUUGUUAUCUGUGUACGAUGGACGUUCACAAAAACCACGACACUGUGACAGCUGUGACAGAGAGGACAGAGAAACAGACACUUUUGGGAAAAACACAAAAAAAUUUACAACAGAGAAUUCAGGAGAGAGAAAAGAAGCUUCAGGAGCUGAGUCAGACUGUGGAUUCUUAUAAGCGCUCUGCACAGACAGCAGUGGAGGACAGUAAGAGGAUCUUUACUAAACUGAUCCGAUCCAUUAAGAGAAGACGAUCUGAGGUGACACAACUGAUCAGAGAUCAGGAAAAGACUGCAGUGAGUCGAGCUGAAGAAGUCAUGAAGCGUCUGGAGGAGGAGAUUGAUGAUCUGAAGAAGAGAGACGCUGAACUGGAGCAGUUUUUACAAACAGAUAAUGACAUUCAUUUCCUGCAGAGUUUCAAGUCUUUCUCUGUGACUUCUGGAUCUUCAGAUGUUUCCAGCAUUACUCUCAGUUCUCUUCUCACUUUUGAUGAUUUGGAAAAAUCUGUUUCUAAACUCAGAGAUAAACUGGAGGAUUUGUGUGAAGACGAGAUUAAACAUAUAUCUGACAGAGUAAAAUCCACUGAAAUUAUUUACAAAGAACCCAGAACUAGAGAGGAUUUCCUACCAUGUAAGUUAGUAAAACCAUCAAACACAACCAGCCAAAUGAAAUGACUAUACACAGGGCCGGUUCUAGAUAUUUAGAGGCCCUAGGCAAAAUUUAUGUUGGAGGCCCCUCACACCCCUCUAAUUUUCAGAAUAAUGUGAAAAUGUGUGUUUCUACUGCGUAAAAAGCAUAUAAGCACUACAGUUAUUAAACAUGUUUUUCCCCAUUAUUGUUCCUUUCAACAAAUUGAUUAACUGUACGUUAAAAUUGAAUUAGAAGUUAUGCAAAACCACAUGUGUUAAACAUUUUAAGGCAGUUAAAUUGUUUACAGGGUUUCCGCGGAGUCAUAAAAAGUCAUAAAACGUCUUAAAUUUAAUAAUGAAAAUUUCAGGCCAUAAAAAGUCAUAAAAACAUCCAGAUUUUCCAUACAAGGUCAUAAAUUACAUUUAGCCACGUCUUAAAUUUAUAUACUCGUUCAUUCAUUGUUGCCUUUCCCCACAAAAAUGCGCUGGCGGCGGCAUUCACUCGUUUUGUAGUUCUGUCUGAGGAAUCUGGGUGGGAUUCCAGGACUACAAGGUCCAUGCGGCAGUGCAGCAAACAGACUUGUCGGAAGUACUUCAGAAACCCGCUGUCCCACGCGAACUCCGAACUCUCAAGGAAGUACUUCAGAAACCCGUUUGUCUUCGUCUCGGCAAAUCGGGGUCAAAGAUGGCCCAGCUCCUUUCAAAAUCAAACGCCCUCAGACGGGCAAGCAAGCAAAAAUUUGCUAAGCUGAAAAAAGUUGAGGAGGAGAUAACCAUUAAAGGGGACGAACUGAGAAAAAUGUAGACAAGCACUAACUGAUUUGUUACUUUAAAGUAAUUUUUAAUUUAAUAUAAUGAAAGUUAAAAAAUAUAAAGACUUUUGAAAGGAAUUUUAAUGUUAUUUUUCGUUAUUCGUGUAGGUCAUAAAUUUAAAUCAUAAUGGUCAUAAAAAGGUCUUAAAAAGUCUUAAAUUUGACUGACUAAACCCUGCAGAAACCCUGUGUUUAAAAACACCACAUUUUUGGGAUAACAUAGGAUAACAGUUUUGCUUUCUCCAAAGAGUAAAAUUAAAAAGACAAGACUACAUUGCAAAAACCCUAACCGUAAAAAACUACAGGUGAAACACCUCCUAGAAAACUUUAGUUUUUUUAUUUUAGCUGGGUAUAAAGAGGAAUUUCGCUCUUACUGAACCAAUAUACAGUAUAAAAGUUAUCAGAUUAUGGAUAUAUUCAUAGAUUGCAAUAUCUUUUUAUAGGCUACCUUAAAUAUCCAUACAAAUCAGCUGCCACUGGAAGUUAAACAGACAAACUACUUUCAUUAUUUGAAACCUAAAA